GAGUUCAAGUCAGUAUUUCAUGGAUGGCUGUGUUGCUAUGGGAACAAGAUGUGGGCUCCGUAUUCCCAAAAAAGUGUCCUCUUUCCUUCCUUCUUUCCUUUCCUCCUUCCCACUCUCAUCACUUCAUUCCUCUCUUUCCCUUUUCAUAGCGUUCACAGCAUCAACUUCUCUUCGCUUCCUUUCCCUCCAAUCACACCCACUGCAUGCCUCCUCUCUCACUCUCUCAUCUCCUCCUCUGUCGUCCAUUCUUUCCCCACCCACUCAUUCAGCCCUCUCUCUGUCUAUCCUCUCCUCCCUCUCCUCUUCUUCAUGCUUCCCCACUUCCCCUCUCUGUCCCCCAACCCAACUCUCUGUCUCUCGUUUUUCCCUGCCUCUCUGAUCCCUCUGUCUCUUUAACACUCACUUAUAUUCUAUUCUUUUCUCGGUUGUCAUGGCAAUAGGCUGGGGGCGUGAGAGUGCGAGCAAGCGAGCGGGAGUGGGUGUUUCGGAAGUGACAUCUCUUGGGCAGUAACCUUGUUUCCUGUGUGGUGGAGUUGGGGGCGGAUUCAAGGCCCUAGCAGUGCAGCAACAGUGACGCCGUGUGGACACUUUGGGUGAGCAAUGGGGAUCCUAGGACGUGCCGUGCGAGGGCUGGGUGAAUGAUCUGAUAGAUGCAAGGUAUGCCGUCCCCCCAUCCUAUCAUCAUCAUCAUCAUCGUGCCCACGUCCACUCCUUCCACACUCCCUCCUACGACCGACCUGUUCACGAACGCGCCUCUUACGACCGUCCAUCCUACACUCGCCCCUUGCACGAGCGCCACAUCUACGACCGCCCCUCACACGAUCAUCCACCUCAGGAUCAUUGGAACCCCCGUCUCCGUGUGAGCACCAGAAAUCAGUUCUACAUGUUGGACCAGGAAGAGGUACACCCUUUGCUGAUGCGCGAAAGGCGCUCAGAGUCUCACAGGAACAAGCUGCUGAGGCGGACAGUCAGCGUUCCUGUAGAGGGAAGACACCAUCCCGAGAUGGAUCAUCGCAACCGGCGGAAGAGCAUAGCCACCGGGAAGCAGCCCAGCAUGGAGGUCCCUCCCUCUGCCCCCAUUCAACCCUUCAGACAAUCCAGUUUCCUCAGUAGAAGGUUGAAAGGCUCGAUCAAGAGGGCUAAGAGUCAGCCGAAACUGGACCGAACCAGCAGUUUCCGACACAUGAUCCUCCCCCGCUUCCGCAGUGCAGACCAAGACAGGACCCGUUUGAUGCAGAGCUUCAAAGAGUCCCACUCCCAUGAGUCCUUGCUGUCUCCCAGCAGUGCUGCAGAGGCGCUGGAUCUCACUCUGGACGAGGAUGCGAUCAUCAAACCUGUCCACUCCAGCAUCCUUGGACAGGAGUACUGCUUCGAGGUGACUACAGCAUCGGGAACCAAGUGCUUUGCGUGUCGCUCAGCCGCAGAGAGAGACAAAUGGAUCGAGAACCUGCAGAGAGCUGUCAAGCCCAACAAGGAUAAUAGCCGGAGGGUGGACAAUGUGCUCAAACUGUGGAUCAUUGAGGCUCGUGAGCUUCCAGCCAAGAAACGCUAUUACUGCGAACUUUGUCUGGACGAUAUGUUGUAUGCACGCACCACCAGCAAGCCGCGCACCGACACCGUGUUCUGGGGCGAGCACUUUGAAUUCAACAACCUGCCAGCUGUCCGCAACCUACGCCUUCAUCUAUACAAGGAGACAGACAAGAAGAGACGCAAGGAAAAGAGCACUUAUUUAGGAUUGGUAAGCAUCCCCAUCUCAAGCAUCACUGGACGGCAGUUUGUCGAGCAGUGGUACCCAGUCAUCCAACCCAGCGUCCUCACCAAGGGAGCCGGUGUAGGAGGGGGGAAGAUCAUCAACGCAUCCCUACGCCUCAAAUCACGCUUCCAGACCAUGAACAUCCUGCCCAUGGAGCUGUACAAGGAGUUUGCUGAGUAUGUGACCAAUAACUACCGUACUCUGUGUGCUGUGCUGGAACCUGUGCUGAGUGUCAAGAGCAAAGAGGAAGUGGCCUGUGCUCUGGUACACAUACUGCAGAGCACAGGGAAAGCUAAGGAUUUCCUGUCAGACAUGGCGAUGUGUGAGGUCGACAGAUUCAUUGACCGAGAACACCUUAUCUUCAGAGAGAACACUCUGGCCACCAAAGCCAUAGAAGAGUACCUCAAACUGAUCGGACACAAGUACCUCAAGGAUGCUAUAGGCGAGUUCAUAAGGGCCUUGUACGAGUCGGAGGAAAAUUGUGAAGUGGACCCCAUGAGGAUCCCACCAUCUGUACUCCCAGACCACCAAGCCAAUCUGCGAAUGUGCUGUGAACUGGCCCUCUGCAAGAUUGUUAACUCCCAUUGUGUGUUUCCCCGAGAGCUGAAGGAAGUCUUUGCCUCUUGGAGAGUACGAUGUGCUGAGAGGGGGCGUGAAGACAUUGCAGACCGUCUCAUCAGUGGGUCCCUAUUCUUGCGCUUCCUGUGUCCUGCCAUCAUGUCCCCAUCACUCUUCAAUCUAACCCAAGAAUAUCCUGACGAACAGACAUCAAGGACUCUUACCCUCAUCGCCAAAGUAGUGCAAAACCUGGCUAACUUUUCCAAGUUUGGCAGUAAAGAGGAGUACAUGUGUUUCAUGAAUGAGUUUUUAGAGAUGGAGUGGGGCUCCAUGCAGCAAUUCCUGUAUGAGAUCUCCAACCUGGACAGUGUGAGCAAUGCAGGUGGAUUUGAAGGCUACAUCGAUUUGGGCAGGGAGCUGUCUAUCCUGCACAGCCUCCUUUGGGAGGUGAUAGCUCAGCUCAGCAAAGAUGCCAUCAUCAAACUGGGUCCUUUACCUCGCCUCCUGAACGACAUUAGUAUGGCCUUGCGUAACCCACAUCUCCAGAGACAGCCGAGCCAUCAGACGGACAGGGUCCAUGACAGACAGGCCGACAGGCUGCUGUCACACUCCAGCUUUAACAGGGGGAUCUCAUCCGAGUUCCAAAAUCUCAUAAUGAGGGAUCUCAAUAGUUCUAUAGAUAUCACUCACUUGCCUUCCCCUACCUCCACUGGAGGGGUCAUGCCAUCACGCUCCCAGAUGAGUUUUCAGGAUCGUGACCACCCUCAUCGAACAUCUUCCAAAGACAUGUUUUACGUAUCACGCCCUCCUCUGGCACGAUCAAGCCCAGCCUACUGCACGAGCAGCUCUGACAUCACGGAACCAGAUCCCAAGGAUUCCCGAAUGAACAGCGUGUCUAACCUGCAGUCGGUGGACAUGCUCAACUCCUCCCAGGCCUCCAUCGCCGGCAUGGGCAGCUUCGGAGGGCUGAGCAGCGGAGGCGGUGGCGGCCUGGGGUCAGGCCUGAGCAGCCAGCUGCGGGCCGGUGGGAGGUUGUCAGCUGGCUCUGCCGGCUCCAGCAUGUCCGGCGGCCUUCGGCUGAGCCAGCUGAGCCAGAUGGGCACCACCACCGACUCGCUAUCCCAGCAGCAGCAACAGCAGGCCGCCGCCAUGCGCUACCCGCUUUCCUUCCAGAAUCCCCUCUUUCAUCUGGCGACUGCUGAUGGGCCACAACAGCAACAGCUCCAUCAUCAGCACAGCCGAGCUGCACCCCUGCUUCUAGCCCCAGAGCCUGAGCCCUCUCACCACACCUACAUCCCACAAUUUGCCCACGGGGGGUUCUCCCGCAGUGAAGACCUGUCCACCCUCAGGACCAGGGAUGGUCACCUGGGCCAACCCAGCAUCAUCCAUUCACACAGCUACAGUGAUGACUACAGCAGGGCUGACUAUGGACGGAGGCAGAUGUCCAUGCAUGUGCAGGAUAAUCUUCAACAGCAACAACAAAUGAUGGGCAUGACCUCCCAACCAGGAACCUCACACUCUUCUCUGGCCACCACGCCCCCCUCCACAGUCCAACCUGUGCGCCAGAGUUCUGUUGUCCCACCUCCUACCCAGCGCGUCAAAUCACAGACCUCCCAUCAGCUAUCCGUUAGUGCAGCUGCUGCACCUGCUGGUCAGGCUAAAACACGGCCGCAGAGUGGGAAUCUCCUCCAGUCACCUGAGUCUGGCUACGGCGGCAGGCAACAUGGGUCCCGGCAGCUGUCUGUCAAAGAUAACACUGCCCCGGGCCUUCCCCACCAGCAGUCUUCUGUCAGGGAAAGCCAAAGUCCACAGGGAACCACCAGUCCAAGUACACAACAGUCACCACAGCAACAGCCACAGCAACAACACCUGCUCAAACCCACCAUGAGCAAACAGGGUUCUCAGUCUCCAUCUACCCUCAAUCCUCCGACUCAAGCAAAUGAGCGAACAGUGGCCUGGGUCUCCAACAUGCCUCAUCUGUCUGCUGACAUUGAAAGUUCACGGAUUGACCGUGAAGAUUUCAAACUUAAGGAGUACUCAAAGAGCAUGGAUGAGUCACGCAUGGAGAGGGUACGGGAGUAUGAGGAGGAGAUCAACUCCCUGAAGGAGCGCCUGAUGAUGUCCCACAAAAAGCUGGAGGAGUAUGAGAGGAGGCUCCUCACUCAGGAGCAGCAGACCAAUAAGAUCCUUCUGCAGUACCAGAAUCGGCUUGAGGACAGUGAGAGAAGGCUCCGGCAACAACAAGUGGAGAAAGACUCCCAAAUUAAAGGAAUAAUUAGCAGACUCAUGGCCGUGGAGGAUGAGCUAAGAGGAGGACCCAUGAUUGAGCCAAAAACCAGGAUCUUCCCAGAUCAGGAGGACCAGCUUUCCUCCCUGGGUUCUGCAGACCCCGGUGUGAAAACUGAAGGUGGAGUGGGAGGUGGUGGAGGAGGAAGAGGAGGAGCAGUAACCAACGAUCAGGACCUCAGAUUCUCUUCCACUGGCAUUUCCUCUGACAGCUCACCCCACAAUGGAGUCCUCCCACAAAGCCUAGGCCCUCCCUCUCUACCCACUCCACAUCAACAUCCUAGUCAGAAUGGAGAGCUCCGUGGCAACCAAACAUCCUCCCCCGUGACAACAUCACAGACAACCAGACCCACAGCAGUGGCAACGGCAGGCAUAGCAGAAGAAGGGGGAGUAGGUCAAACACAACAAUAGACCAAAUCAGAGAGAGAUGACACAACCAAAUCAAACUGUCUUUGUCUUUUCCUAUUUAGGAAGAUAAUGCUUUGAACAAAAUUUGGCAUAGGUAUUCCUUUUACCCCGGCAUGAGAGAGAAGAAAGAGGAGGAAGAGUAAACAUACAGCUACUGCACAGUGCAUUACAUACAAACACACAACACAAAGGGCUCUUCAACGGACACUUGUUCUCUUGAAGCUCUUGUCGAGCUUCAGUCAGUAUCAGUCUUGCAGGACAAGAUAAUGAUACUUUAUCACAUACCAUAAGCUGUUUGAAUCUGUCAAACAGAGCUUUUGACACACAAGUGCAUACUUGUCACACCAAGCCGAUGUAUGAACACCUGCUUUGUGAACUCAUUGCCUGUCUGUUGCUCCAUGGAACAUAAAUGCAGGCUAAAGGAGAAGAACUAUAGAAUGACUUUCACUCCAAAGACUUUACAGUAGCCAUUGCAAAGAAGUGCUAUGAGACAGCUUGUAGUAUUGCUUGACUCUCAUGGAUAUAGGUGCAUUAAUUAUACCUAACCUGAAUAUGCCAGGCUGUGAAGUGUUUAGACAGAGAUGCGGCAAUGUAGUCUGGCUUUUUUUAGUGCCUUUCAGUGUUGUUUAACAGGGUUUUCUAAUAGAUUAUAGAGGUAACAGCGGGGCUUCGCUAGUCUCAGAAAAACGGACUGAAAGAAAUCAUUCCCUGCUGGGUUUUAUGAAACAAAUGGAUGGAAGGUGAGCAAACUUUUGGGGAACUUUUUUUAAUCGAAAGGACUUCUUUGUUUUUUGGGCUGAGCUCGUGCAAUUUUUUUCUCUUCUCAAUCUCAGAACUGACAUGUGAUAAGCUGGUGCUAAACACAAACAAAUGGUGCCAUUUUCAAGUCUUUGUCCACCAUAACACUGCCUCCUUCAAGAUUCACCCACUGUCUUUCACUCUAUUAGACAGUUUGACGGGACAUUUUGCCUGAUAUGUUUUAUGUGUAUGUGUUCUUUGUGUAUUUUUUUAUGUUCUUACGUCUAAAUGAGGUUUCCAUAUCUGUGUUUCAGAAACGCCUUCCUCCAAUCUCUGGUUUUAGUUGUAGGUAAUUAAAAGCACUUCACCAAAACAAUAGAGUGGCUGAAAUCAAUGGAUCACCUGGGUUAUAUCGGAAUUUGCACAGCCCACUUCUCCAAAUACAAAACACACUUUACAAGAAACACUGCAGUUUUCAUACUUGAAUGAAGGAGCUUUAAUUCAAAGAGAUG